GGAGAUGCCACUAGGAGGCGCACAAGAGAGCCAACCCUGCCUCCAAGACGCCUCCGAGAAGGCUUUCGGGCCCUCCAUUUUGGCUCAAGCUCAAGCCGUUUGAGCUGAAGCAUACAAGCGGAUCUCGGUGCACUCCGGCAUCGCACGUACACAUCGCCAGACCUCUUGCUCUGAGGCGAGCCGCCGCUCGUUCCAGGAUGCGUUGGGCCAAACACAUCGCAAUCAUGCUUUCCAUAUUCAGUCACGCGGGCUCGCUGCAGCUGAACGCUGACGACAAGAGCGGCGAUGCCGACGGCAAGGGGGCCGAGCGGACCAACGCCUCUACUUUUCCAUUAAUCUCCCCAGUGAUCUACCCCUUCGAUCCGAAUAAUCUCGAAGAUCGCUACAUACUACCAGCCCAGCAGAACAUCGUAGACCUGGGCUACGGAGGAAGCUGUGAGCGCGGGUGGUACGACGUCCAGGGGCAGGGCAUCUGCAACGACUAUUGCAGGUGGGUUGGAAAUUGUGGAUGUGGAGGCAGCUGCUCAAGGUUCGACUGCGCGCUCGCAGGGUCGAGCAGCAUCUACACGGGAAACGACUAUGGGUGGGCGAGAGGGAGCCAAUGCCCGCAUCAGGGUGCUGAGACGAGAGUGCUUACCGUGACUGGGCAAGUCGGUCCAAGCAGCGCUAUGUUGUCCCAGUACAAUAAUGUCCGUGCAGUCCUGCACCGAAGCGAUUUCACUUUGUGGAUUUUCGCUGUCUACCAUGGGGGCUACACCAAGAUGGUUGGUGUAACCAUAGUGAACGGAGUUGAAGCAGGUUCGCGAUCUGCCCGAUAUGUGUCAGGGUAUCACAGCCUGACGCGUGCAUCAAUCAGCAGUCUCUGGGACAGUGGUACUACAAUGGCAUAUUCAUGUGGAGAAGGAUACUGCCUCCACUACGUGCACAUUGACCCGUCGGCAGCAUGGACGCUCACGCAAGCCGUGCGAGUGGGCAACACGAUCCGAAAAAUAUCCAGUGGGUCGGCGUACGAUGCCUCGGCGAGUGCGCACGGCAUUGUAAGCGUAAGCAUCCAGGCUGAAGAGACAUGGGCACACAAACGGGUUGGUCUCACCGCUGAUCUGACAGACAAUUCGAAAUACCCGAAUGGAGCAUAUAUAGGCCUUUUCCCAGCAGGGCGAGUCUACAUACCUGGUAGAGCCGACAGCACAUACACGACGCAUGAUGUGUUCAGGUUUCAGUGGGAGGCGAACAUGAUUGUCGUGUACAAAAACGGUGUGAGGCUCCAUUCUUGGUCGGUGGCAAGCCCCCCAAGGGGUGUGCUGUUGUAUUUCUACGAGUACGGCGCGUCAUUGCAGGUGUUUACUUCGCCGGUGUCCCUUUGGCAGCCAGACAACACGUGGUACGUCGUCGACGGCUCAACGGUGACAAGGAGUGCGGCUUCAUCAUGGCUCUGGAGGACCAUAGCGUUUGGCCCAUGGAUAGAGUCAGGGACUUACACGGCAUCGUUUGCAUAUGUCGCGUCGUCCCAUGGCUGUACUCAAUCGCCAGGCUGCAGUGUAGCAUUCGGUGUCGUAUUCGAAGGGUACGAUCUUGGACAGAGCGGAUGCUACCACAGCAGCGUUGAUGGGUACAAUUGCCAAUCUGGUCGAGGUCUCCAACUUCUAGGCAACAAGUGGGGUCAAAGUAGUUGGCAGGGUUGUUCAAAUCACGGUAUUCAAGUUGGUGAUGUGAUCCGUGUGCAGAUCGACAUGUCCCUCGCAACAAUGACCGUUGCCGUCAACGGUGUAAAUUGCCCACCGUUCCAAUCACUUCCAAGUCAAGUUCGACUAGCGGUAUCCACAGAAAGGGAUGGAGACAUUGUCGCUGCAUUGCUGACAUCAUCGAUCUCCACGACGCCCAGCCCCACGGCCAGCCCUACGGCCAGCCCGACGGCCAGCCCGUCGGCCAGUCCGACGGCCAGCCCGACGGCCAGCCCCACGGCCAGCCCUACGGCCAGCCCGACGGCCAGCCCCACGGCCAACCCAACGCCAAGCCCCACGCCCAACCCGACGCCCAGCCCCACGCCCACUCCGACGCCCAGCCCCACGCCCAACCCGACGCGCUACCCGACGCCCUACCCGACGCCCAACCCGACGCGCUACCCGACGCCCUACCCGACGCCCUACCCGACGCCCAACCCGACGCGCUACCCGACGCCCUACCCGACGCCCUACCCGACGCGCUACCCGACGCCCUACCCGACGCCCUACCCGACGCCCAACCCGACGCGCUACCCGACGCCCUACCCGACGCCCAAACCAACUGCCAGCCCGACAGCCAGCCCAACGGCAAGCCCAACUGCCAGCCCGACGGCCAGCCCGACGGCCAUUCCGACGGCCAGCCCGACCCCCGCCCCGACGGCCCCCCCAGCGGUGUACGGUGAGCUCUCUGCAACGGUGCUCGACCCAGAAGAGUUUGUGGCAAAUUGUGCAAAUAACCCGGAUAUUCAAGCAUCGAUUGCGACCUACCUCGAUGGUGAACUUGGUAGCACCGUCGACCCUCAGGCCAUCAAUGUGUUCUGCAAAUUGGUUGAUGGCAACGUCACCCUUGGGUACGAGGUCGAAGCCAGCUCGUUUGACGAUACUCUUCAAGAUAUAGGAGCAGCUCUAGCAGGCAUUGUAGCGGGGGGUGUUGGGGCUGCGCUGUUGUCGCUUAGCGGUGCGAUGUUUGCAGGUGCAGCACCUGCGCUUGGGGGACUUGGAAGCCUGUUUGGCCAAUUCUUUCAGGGGAAUAGUCCUCCUGCUCCAAGCCCCCCCUCUUAUGCGCCGCGACGGAGACGUUCGACGCCGAGACGGAGACGUUCGACGCCGAGCCCCACGGCCAGCCCAACUGCCAGUCCGACGCGCAACCCAACGCGCAGUCCGACGGCUAGCCCGACGGCCAGCCCGACGGCCAGCCCGACUGCUAGCCCCACGGCCGGCCCAACUGCCAGCCCGACAGCCAGCCCGACGGCCAGCCCCACGGCCAGCCCUACGGCCAGCCCUACGGCCAGCCCAACUGCCAGCCCGACAGCCAGCCCAACGGCAAGCCCAACUGCCAGCCCGACGGCCAGCCCGACGGCCAGCCCAACUGCUAGCCCGACAGCCAGUCCGACGCCCAGACCCACGCCCCACCCGACGCGCUUCCCGACGCGCAGCCCCACGCCCCACCCGACGCGCUUCCCGACGCGCUACCCGACGCCCUCGACGCCCAACCCGACGCGCUACCCGACGCCCUACCCGACGCCCUACCCGACGCGCUACCCGACGCCCUACCCGACGCCCUACCCGACGCGCUACCCGACGCCCUACCCGACGCCCUACCCGACGCCCAACCCGACGCGCUACCCGACAGCCAGUCCGACGGCCAGCCCGACGGCCAGCCCGACGGCCAGCCCGACUGCUAGCCCCACGGCCGGCCCAACUGCCAGCCCGACAGCCAGCCCGACGGCCAGCCCCACGGCCAGCCCUACGGCCAGCCCUACGGCCAGCCCGACGGCCAGCCCGUCGGCCAGUCCGACGGCCAGCCCGACGGCCAGCCCGACAGCCAGCCCAACUGCUGGCCCGACGCCAAGCCCGACGGUCUGCACAACGGUUCAAGGUGGUUUUGCCCUCACCGUCCCCGACCCCGAAGAAUUUGCAGAGAAUUGUUCCAACGGUACAGACGUGCGAGUUGCUCUAGAAACGUCAAUCGCGACAAUUUUCAAUGGCACCGUCACCCCUGAGGACGUCUCGGUGUUUUGCGUCUUCGGGCAGCGUGUCGACGAGCACCGUACCAGCAACGUCACCAUUCAGUACGACAUCGCCGCGCCUGUCGGACUCGUCGACUCGAUUCGGGACAGCGCAGAAGUGCUUUUGGGCCCCCAGGCUUCCAGUCAGGGCUUGGCCAGACUCGUCACCAUCAUCAGCGACGAGCUGUCCAGCACUGCGCCUGCCGCGGCCAGCAAUGCCCCCACGGAGGCGUUCGGAGGCUCGGAAGAGAUUGCGGUCGAUCACGCCGGAAAUUGCACAUCAAGCCCUGCAGCGAGCCCCGCGGCUGGCCCCACGGCCAGUCCGACGGCCAGCCCGACGCCCACGCCGACCCCCGCCCCGACGGCCCCCCCGAUGGUCCAGGGCGAGUUCGCUGUGACGGUGCCCGACCCCGAGAAGUUUGCGUCAGAUUGUUCCAGCAGCGCAGACAUGCGGGAGGCUCUUCAAUCAUCGAUCGCGAGUUACAUGAACGGUACCGUAGCCCCUGAAGACGUCGCGGUGUUCUGCAGCAUUGACAGUGGUAGCCGUCUUGACGCCACCGUCGAGUACGAGGCCACGCGCCGCUCGCUGGCCGGCAACGUCACCAUCGACUACCGCAUUGUCGUGCUGGAAGAGACGGCCCAUUCGGUUCAGGACAGCGCGACAGAGCUGUUGAGCUCCCAGGCUUCUGGUCAAGACCUGGCCAGGCUUGCUGCCCUUAUCAGCAGCGCGCUCUCCGCCACUGCGCCCGGCGCGUCCGGCAACGCUCCCCUGCAAGCCAUCGGAGGCCCGGCGGCCCUAGCCGUCAUCUCAACGCAGCCACCGACGCCGCGUCCGACGCCUCUCUCGACGCCGGGCCCCACGGCUUCCCCGGGGCCCGUUCCACCGUUGGCUGUCUCCAGCGGCGCCAUGACUGCCACAGGGGACCCACACCUACGAAACAUCUACGGCGAGCGUUUCGACCUGAGGAGGCCUGGCAAGCACACACUGGUCAACAUUCCAAAGGGGGAGCGCGCUGAGAGAGCCCUGCUUCAUGUAGAGGCUGAAGCGGUGCAAAUGGGUAUGCAGUGCGCAGACUUGUACUUCCGAGAAUUGAACAUGACAGGGGUGUGGGUAGAGGCUACGUGGUCUGGCGGUCUUCACUUUCACGCCCUGGAUGUGAGCUACGGAACAUCGAAGUGGAAACAUGUUGGGAAGGUAGAUGUAAAGGUGGCUCAUGGGCGCACGAGGGAGGGGAUCCAGUACCUGAAUGUUUACAUCAAGCAUCUCGACCGUGCUGGGUUUGCGGUAGGGGGUUUAUUGGGUGAAGAUGAUCAUACGCAGGCGACAAUGGCUUCCCGUGCAUGUGUUCAGCGUCACAGCGUGUCCCUUCUUCAGUCGUUGAGUGGGCAGUGCUUGCGCAGCCGCUGAAUGGCAAUUGCGCCUGCGAAAGAGGAUGCAGCCAGACUCUAGGACUUGGAGCUGGGCUCAUGGAUCCUAGGCUUUAAGUCCACCGUAAGCGUGAGACGCGCCAAGCUGCGCAGGCGCUCAUUACCCAGAUGCAUGGGCUCGUUCCACGAUUGUUGAGUGUGGGGGCCGAACGGUCUUACAGAGGACGGAGGAUAGGAGGAGGGAACUGAGCUCGUUCAGUCUACUGGUUGCCCCUUGCCUGCCAGCGUGCCCUGGUCCAACGUGUUCGUCUGGACGUCUCAGGAGCGGUGACUGCUUUUGCCUUUUGCUGGAAGACGCACGAAAAAAAAAAAGGUACCUACGAUUCCAGACCGUGCUCCCGAACAGCCCGCCAAGAAGCCCCAGGAGACACGGGUGGCCUUUUCUCAAACGUUGUAUCCUCAAUCCUGGGGCUUCUCAGGGAGGUUCUCUUCUGCG